AUGCAGGUGCCCCAGCUCUAUGGAACCCUCAGCAAGUCCCUGUCACACGACGAUUCGUCCGGGUUCCCCAGCGCGUGUCUCACGCCGCCCCGAACUCUCACGGCGAGAAGGGGCGCAGAAGGGGCGCCGAAGGCGCUGUAUGAGGAUCCGGGACGGGUGAACUCACCACGUCGCAUCUUUGGGAGGGACGAAGACUUCACGUUUAAGACCAGGCCACAGAGCUUCGAGCUGCUCUCGCAGCUCGUGGCAUUGCUCGCCGUGGGACACGUGGAGAUUGCCUCCUCCUUCGUGCAGGCGGGCGCAGUGCGUGGCCUUUGUUUGGGGCUGCAAAGGCACUCUGCGCGGAAGGCUCUGCAACGACAGGGGCUCUUGGCGUUGGCCUGCUUGGUGCACGACGGAGGUGGUGCUGCCCAGGCCAUCGCUGCAGAUGCGCCGCGCGUGGCCUUGGCCGCCAUGGGCACGCACGGCGCGAGCGCGACGGUGCAGGUGCUAUCCUCAGAGGUCCUUCGGCUGCUGGUCGAGCACGGAGAGGUGCCCCUCGACGAGGCCGCCGAGGCGGCGGUGCGCGCGAAGCGGCUCUUCCCCGCGGAACGCCGGGUGCACAUGGCAGCCGAUCGGCUGUUGAGCUUCGCCGUGCCGCGCUCCGCUGCCUGCAUUGGUACUUUGAUGGAUGCUUCGACCAGAGAUGAGAUGGCACAGCGGAGUGGCAUUUGCAGUCUGGGCCACUUGGCCAAGCACGGUGGUGUGGCCUGGCGUGGUGCUGGCACCGUGGCGGUGAACCGCAUCUUGCGGGCCUUGCAACAUCACAAAGGCAGUGCAGUGCUCCAGGCGACGGGCUUGUGGGCGCUGGGACGCCUGGCAGAACGCGUGGAGCCCAGCCAGGGCGGCAUGCAGGACGCAGCUCGACGUGCCAAAGAAUGGCAUCCAGAGAGUGCGCUGGUACAGCGCCAUGCAGAUGACCUCAUCGGUUUUCUCCAAAGACGAGACGCGCACUGA